GAAAAGAUAACGCUUAUGUAACGUCUUUAUGAAAUCGGAUAAUGGAGUAGGCGGCUUUCAUUCCGUGUUUCGUAAUGCUUUUAAUUCUGUCCUGAACUUGUACGAUUAAAAUAAGGCCUUCCUACGUUGCAUUCACAUUUUCUUUAAUCUUCUCAUGUGCGACUACAAUCUUUCAUCGAUUAACAUCAAGCUUUCUGAGCACGGAGUUGUGUUUUGACUGUAAAUACUCAAUUACGGUCAAGAUGGCAUUGUUUUGAUGACGAACGAAGAAUGACUGAAAGUGGAAGUGAGACCGAGAAACAGGAUUAUGUCGUGACGCUGGAGGACAAGAAUUCCUGCCAUGAAGUGCUCAAGUCGAAGACGAAGGAUGACAUCAAGACUAACACUUCCUCCGUUAUACUAUGGAUUAAAUCUUUGAAAGAAGAUAACAGAGCACCUUCGUUCGAUGAUCCCACGUCUGACCAUCCAUUGCACUCAGGCUUCGGCAAUGAUUCAGAUGAUUUACAGCUCGGUGCAGAUGCUGCCACUCUCCAUGAGAAACGCAGGCCUUAUAAGCACUUGCCUCCUUUAUGGCUUGAUAGUGACUCGGACAGCAGUCAUCCCAGGUUGCAUUCGUGGACUGGACGUCAAUCGUUGCUUUUGAGUCGACAGUCAUAUGACAGAUCCUUGGAUAGUGACACUUCUGGCUUAUCAUCUGUAACGAGCGUCUCCAGUCUCCUAACCGCGCGCGAAAGUGACCCGGAAGACGUGUUGAGGGGCUUGGGUUUUCGCACUCCAGGUGUUUUGAACAAAAUCCCAGACAGGUUCAUCAAAACCGGAACGGUCUGUUACGGUGUUGAUUCACAGCAAUUUCUUGCUGACUUAAAAGAGGAUUCAGACGGCUCACCGCAUUCUAACUCCGAAGUGCCUCCUUGGAUUAUGGCGAGGAUGGGCGACAUCCCCAGAAAAUUUUGGUCCGACGCCGAAGAAAGACACGACACAUUGCCGAUUUUGAGUAAAAUCCAAUCUCCAGUGAUAGAAUCUACUACACCUGACGAACUUAAGAGCGAAUCCCCUUCGCGCUGUACAAAAACCUAUCCGCCGUCAAAAUUUGGAAACUACCUCGAACCUGUCACGGAAGAAGUGGAGGGCGGCUCAACAAGUGGAAGUUUGAGUCCGUUGAAGUCGUUGAGUUUGGAAAGUCGUUCGACCUUGAAGUUCAACAGUUUGGAAUAUCCCGGGUCAGAUUUAUCUCAAGUCCCUUCAUUGUUUGAUCUAUGGCAGACAAAAGAAGAAGUAAAUGAAGCAUCGAAUGACGACGGAACGAGAUCCGGUAUUAUCUCGAUGAACAGCGGAGAACAUUCUCCGAGAACGCCCACUACGAGUUAUGUCCCCGAGAAUAUCGAAAACGGCCACAGCGAAGAUUGGAUCGACAGAUCUCGUAAUACUACAGUUCCUCAACGGAGAUCAUCUGCCAACGAAAGUACUUGCGAUUAUUUGAGGUCAGAACGCGAGAAUCCAGCCGUACCGUCGUUAUCGGAGUACACAAACACGGGACCAGUCGCAAACGUGGCAAUAGUCGACAGUCAUAUUGACAAUAUGGAAAGUAAUGUUGAAGUUGAUCGUGAAAUGAACAGUGAAAAACGUGUAAAAUACCCGCUUUCCUUACGCAUACCGACUUUGACGAUUUCUGAGCCGACUGAGAACGCUCGCAAAUUAUCCUCAGUUGAACCUCCAGAUACUACCAAAUUAUUGCCUGUUCAUUUGGAGGAGAAAGCUGGCAAAGUUUCAGAAACUUCUUUCGACAAAUCAUUUUCGGGAAAUGGGCAUCGUUGUUCUACACUUAUUCAACUAAAUUCCUCAACAUGUCUGUCGUUGGCCAACAGAAAACAUUUUCAAAUACAGUUUACGUGCCCCGCUCCCAAGGCAAGACGUUCUAGGAAGUUUUUGAGCAGAAAUCGUAAAAAUAGAGAGUCGAAGCUUUCCAUAAUGAAGCCCAAACAUCGUGGACAGUUAACUCUGUUUGAUGGGGAAAGUUCUCAAACGAUAUCCUGUUUUCUUGAUGUAAAACCCCAGAAAAACGUUGUCCGUUCUCAGGACACCGGUGAAACGGUCAUUGAAGUUUUUAGAAAUGAAAACGAGACACUUACGUCGUUGACAGGGAGCUAUUCGGAGAAUUCAGUUUAUUACAAGGAGCGCAAAGAUAGUAGUCUGAAGUGUGAAACUAUCAAAACGUCGGAAAAAUGCGAGUUUGAAGAUGAUCAUAAGAAUAAUAAAUACGGUUUGCACGACGAUAACAGCGAGUGCCUACGGAAUGACCAAACAAUCGAGGACAGGUUAGAUGGUCUGGAAAAUACUCUCAGAGGAGUUAAAAUGUAUAAAGCUGGCGUUCAUUUGAUGCAGUUGGCCUCGUCUUUUGAAACGGCUUUACACUCAAGAUAUGAUGCAAAGCGCUCAUGUGACGAUUUGUUGAGUAGCAUACAGCAAGAACUGAAGCGACUUGAAGAUUACAUGUUACGUUUACAGAACGAACUGCAAGGGAUUCAGAAAAAACUGAAGGAUAGCUCGGGAAAGAAAACGAACGUCGAAGAGAGAAGAGGAAGCGAUUUCUCGGAUAUUACGCGGCAGUUGCUUCAGGAACAACUGAAAAUCUUCUCUACCAUUUCGAGUGCCGCUGCAACGCCAUCGUCGACACCAAGCUUGUCACGAGAGCCAAGUAUAUGUUCGGAUACCCCGGAUGUACUACGUAAUACUGACGUCAUGAAACUGCGCAAAGAGAUGCAACAGUUGCGUCAAGACAGUUUGGGGCACAAUGCAACGUUAAAAGACGAAAUUCUCCAAGAAGUAAGAAGCGAGAUACGCGAAUGUUUUAAAGAAUAUUUCAAUGAAAAAUCCUUGAGAAAUUCAAAAUGAUACCUUUGACUAUUACAAAAUCUUAUUAUUUAUUAACAUAUUACUUAUUUAAAGUUUCCGAAUGAAAAUAAUAAAAAAAAUUUAAAUUUUUGUCCAUAAAA